CCCUCUAAACUCUUUUAUAUUCCUGAUGUCUUUGUCGUUAAGAGUUUAAUGUUAUCUCAAUCAUGGGGUUUUCCAGCCCCCAUGGCCACAUCCCCAAAUUUCCCCUUCUUUAUUAAUAUCAACCAUUUUCUUGACAGGAAUUACCACUCCAUAUAUAACAGGAUGAAAGAAGAGACAAGGAAGAACAGCACAGCAGCUGCAACCUCCACGCUAAGAAAUGGAGAAGUCCUUGUGAAGACACAAGGUGGAGCGCGGAGAGGGUGGUGGGCGCGGGGCAGCGUGGGUCUGGCCGCAGGCAGGGCUGGGGCCAAGCUGGGCUGGUCACAGUGGGGUCGUGCUGGGCUGUACUGGGAGCCCCACUCACCCUGCACCACGAGUACCACCGUGCCCUCACCACGCCGAUACAACUCUUCACUGGUGGCUGUUUUGAGAAACUUCACACUAUAAUAGGUGCCGGCCUCCUCGGGGCAGACAUCUCUGACGAGGAUGCUGAAGUCUGUGCUGGACCCAAUCUCAGGCUCACGAUGGCACAAACACCGAGGGAGUGGGAAGCCUCUGGGCUUGCGCAGGGCAAUGCAGAGGAGUACGGAGAGAGGCAAAACCCAAACCGUUUCCUUCCCCUUUGGCAGAAAGGGUUCCCAGGGCCCCACCAACUUGAGGCACACCGAGACACAGCUUGGAGGACGAUGAAGCCACUCGCCAUGGCUCCGGUGACACAGGCGCUGCCUCUUGCCUGCCUGCUGCUGCUGCUGCUGGGCAGUGCCCCGGGUGCGGAUGCCCAGGCGGUUCAGGGCUUUCAGCUGCACCAGCCCCAGAAGGAGGUGUCGGUGAUGGCAGGGGAGACGCUGACCCUGAUCUGCACCGUGACUGGAGGGGGUCCCCUUGGCCCCGUGAAGUGGCUGAAGGGCUGGGGCAGUGGCAGUGAGACCAUUUAUGACCAAAAAGGCUCCUCAUCCCGUGUGACGAGGGCAGUGAAUGAGUCCAACACAGACUUCACCAUCCUCAUCAGGGACGUUCGCCCCGAGGACGCCGGCACCUAUUACUGUGUGAAGUUUCGCAAAACAGCCAGCGAUGAUGUUGAGUUGUAUCAGCGUGGCGAGGGCACGGAGGUGGUGGUGGUGGUGGUGCAGGAUGAGGAUGAAGAUAAGGAGGAGGAAGAAGAGCACGGCAGCUGCAACCUCCACGCAGGGAAAUGGAGAAGUCCCUGUGAAGACACAAGGUGGAGCGUGGAGAGGGUGCAGGAAGGGUUCGCAGAGCCCCACCAACUUGAGGCACACCAAGCCGCACCUUGGAGGACGAUGAAGCCACUCGCCAUGGCUCCGGUGACACAGGCGCUGCCUCUUGCCUGCCUGCUGCUGCUGCUGCUGGGCAGUGCCCCGGGUGCCGAUGCCCAGGCGGGUCAGGGCUUUGAGCUGCACCAGCCCCAGAAGAUAUCAGUGAUGCCGGGGGAGACACUGACCCUGAGCUGCACCGUGACUGAAGGGGGUCCCCUUGGCCCUGUGAAGUGGCUGAAGAUCUGGGGCAGUGGCAAUGAGACCAUUUAUGACCAAAAAGACCCCUCAUCCCGGGGGAUGAGGGCAGUGAAUGAUUCCAGCACAGACUUCACCAUCCUCAUCAAAGACGUCCACCCCAAGGAUGCCGGCACCUAUUACUGUGUGAAGUUUCGCAAAACAGCCACCGGUGAUGAGUUGUAUCGGCGUGGCAAUGGCACGGUGGUGUUGGUGCAGGCCAGACCCUCCAACCCGACUCUGACCAGGCCCAAAUACCGAGUGCAGCCGGGGAAGAAGGCAUCCUUCACCUGCAAGACCUGGGGGUUCUUCCCCAGUGACAUCAAUGUGAAGUGGUACAAGGACAAGACCCUGAUUCAGCCUCAGCUGCCCAAUGUCACCCCUGGGCCAUCAAAGUUCACCUACAACAUGUCCAGCACCGUGACGGUGACGCUGCAGAAGGACGACAUCCGCUCAGAGCUCACCUGCCAGGUGCUGCACACCACGCUGACGGCCCCGCUGACGAGGAGUUACCAUCUGAGGCAGAUCCUGCGAGUUCCCCCCAGCAAGGUUGUGGUUCAGCCUCUAGGCCCCGUGGGGCUGAACGAGACGGUGAGCUUCACCUGCUACGUGCAGGGCUUCUACCCGGGAAGCGUGACCGUCACCUGGCUGGAGAAUGGGAAGGAGAUAAAGACGGCGAGCACCCCCAGGCCUAUUGAGACGCCCGAGGGCUUGUUCGAGCUGAGGAGCACGGUGGUGGUGCAAGCCGUGCCGGAGAAGAACAUAUCUGUGUUCACCUGCCGGGCGGUGCAUGAGGGCCAGGACCCCCUCAGCAGCAGCGCCACGCUGUGGGUCGAUGCCUCAGGCCAGCAGGGAUGCAGCUCGGGAGGUGCCCAUCUCCUGUCCAGCCCCGGCCUGUGGCUCUGCAUGCUGCUUGACAAGGCGAUCCUCGGCCUCGUGCUCUUCUUCCUCUUCAAGCGCUGGCAGGCCUGAAGAGAGGCCAGCGCGGCACAGCGAGGCCACCGAGACGGGAGAGACGCAGGAGAGCGUUGUCAGAGCUCCGUCACCUCCAAGCCGAGCGUGCCAGGCUCGGGAUGGUGGUGCUGCACGAGCAGACCCGCUGCUUCUUUUGGGGGCCAUGCACCACCCCCCCCUGCUGCCUCCCCCCUCUGCCUCCUCGGCCUGCACUGUUGCCGCAUCCCUUGGCAGCUCCCUGGGCUGAGGGUCCCAGACCCCCCUGGCCAUCCCCAUCCUCUCCUGGCUGUCCCUGUCCCCUGCUGCCUGUCCCCGUCCCCCCACUGUUCCCAUCCUUUUGCUGCAUUCCUCCACACUUGAUUAUCACCAUCAAUACAAAUCCUUGCAAAAAGAA